CGACGACGACGACGACGACGACGACAACGACGAUAAUAACGGGAAGGAGCAAGCAGAUGAGGAAUUCUUUGAAGUGGGUAAAUUUGUCCAGUUUAAAAGGGCAAGGGCAAUACGGGAGAUAAAUCAGUGGAAUUAGUCGAUUCAAAUUGGAAUCAACCAAACCUAAUUUCGAUUAGGGCGAGAGAACGCUACCCGACAGCGUACGUACACACCAGCACUCGAAACGGUGAGAUGCGGCGAAUAUUGGACGGCAGAGAGCAUCCGAGGUUCAGUUCACCGGUGCAGCGACUGCUGACGAUUUUCACACCUUAUUCUCGUACCAAAAUUCAGCUGCCUAAUGGCAAAGUACUAAAUCGUUAGAAUUUGAUUCUCAGAUCUUCUCUUCCAUUCUCCGAUUCUUUCCAAAGCACGGAGAAGAGAACGGCGAAAGGAACCUUCUUCUUUAUCCCAGAGGAGCUACAAUUGUCUGUUGAGAAAUGUGCCAUAUCUUCACCCCAGCCCCACUUCCUGGUAACUUUAAUUAUUGAGACAGAGAGAGAAGGAAGCUGAGAAUCAUUCGCUCCCUCACUUUCUCCAUUACUUCUACUCCAAUCGCCAUUCUUCUACCUCGCAGCAAUAGCUCUGUGGGCUUCUGUGAAAUUUUUGAGAAGAUAGACCUGCUCCGAAUUUUCCUUUGUCCCUCUAUUUGGAGAUUUACAUGGAAACCAGCUGAGAGAUUACAAAGGAAAUUGAACCUCAUGCAGUUUAUUUUUACAUUAUCAUAGAAUAGAGAUUUGUCUCCUUCGCUAGUAUAUUCAGUGGAUAGCAGUUGAUACUUUUAUCAUUGGAAUUGUUAUUUUUCUGAGCUCUCUGAGAUUUCUGUUCAUUUUUCGAUUUGCCUGAAUAUUUUUAGUCUGAGAUUCCGAAAGGUUGGUGAAGAACAUGGCAAUUUGUUCUUCAAGCUUCAGAUUAUCACAUUUGGCCAAUUUUCCAAGUGAGAUUGAUUCAAAGGAGCAAUGGGACAAAAAUUGGACAGUCGACGCUAGGGUAUUUGGAUGCCUGAGAAGGCAUAAUGUUGGAUUUCUGUCUUCCACGAGGGCAGGGUUUUUGUCAAUUUCAUCUAAAUGCAAGACUAUUGUAUCUCUCUCGGGGACAGAGCGAAUUAGGUUUUCUCUAACAAGGGAAACAAGGGAUUCCAGGGUUCUUCAUACUAGUUUUUCUCCUAACAUUGACAAUGGAGGAGGUCGUAUGUACUCUUUGAGAAGUAGUGCUGGUAAUGGGGAUAUUCCACCUGGAGGUGGAGGAGGAGGGCAUGGAGGUGGUGGUGGCGGCAGUGGUGGUAACGGAAAGGAUGACCAUGAAGAAAAGGAGUUUGGGCCUCUAGUGAAAUUUGUGCAAGUGAUGAAAGAGGCUGAAGCUUGUGGGGUUGGUCUUCCUCCAGACAUGUUAGAAGCAGCUAAGACUGUUGGAAUUCGCAGAGUUCUUCUUGACAGAUACUUUGAUUUGCAGGGUUCAUCCUGGCCUUUAGGCUUUGCAAUUAGAUCCUGCUCAUUGCUUCGCAACCGUAUGCUUGCUGAUCCAUCUUUCCUUUUUAAAGUUGGAACAGAGAUUGUCAUUGACUCUUGUUGUGCUACAUUUGCGGAAGUCCAAAAGAGGGGCAAAGAUUUCUGGUCAGAAUUUGAGUUGUAUGCUGCUGAUCUUUUAGUUGGUGUGGUUGUUGACAUUGCUUUAGUUGGAAUGUUGGCGCCCUAUACUCGUUUUGGAGCACCAACUGCAGCAAAAGGCUUACUUGGCCACUUGCAACGUGCUUCUGGAGCCCUGCCUAGUAGUGUGUUUGAAGCUGAAAGACCAGGAUGCAGAUUCACAGUACAGCAAAGGAUAGCAACUUACUUCUAUAAGGGUCUAUUGUAUGGAGCAGUUGGGUUUACUUGUGGUAUUAUUGGACAAGGGAUUGCAAAUUUGAUAAUGACUGCAAAACGGAGCAUAAAGAAAUCAGAAGAGGACAUACCGGUGCCACCUCUUGUGGAAAGUGCUGCUCUCUGGGGUUUUUUUCUUGGUGUUUCUUCCAACACCCGUUACCAGCUUAUAAACGGAAUGGAAAGCCUGGUUGAAGCAUUACCUUUGGCAAAGAGAGUCCCAGCUCUUUCAAUGGCAUUCACUGUUGGUGUGCGAUUUGCCAAUAAUAUUUAUGGUGGAAUGCAGUUUGUUGACUGGGCCAAAUGGAGUGGGGUACAAUAGAUCUUGAAAGCCAAGGGAACCAGAGAAUCAAAAACAGAGACGGGCAAUAUGGAGGGGAAAUUCAAAGGGGCAACGUUCCUGGAUGACCACUCGAAGGUGGAUAUGAGGUCGUGGAUCCAAUCUAGACUUAUCGUCCCAUCUGGAGGCCAUGAAAGAGGGAUCUAAGAAGGUGGAGGAUGUGGGUCUUUGAACAAUAGUGGCGAUAUCAUCCAUUGAAGAGUUCUCAUCCGAAGCAGGCUUCGGAUUUGGAGAAGAAUUUGUAGUCCUAGUUGUUGUUGGAGUAGGAGAUUCUGAUUGUGAUAACAUAAUUCGAAAGAUCCCUAAUUGUCACUGUAAUAGAGGUUGAAGAACACGAUCCCUUGAAAACUCAAAAAAAUAUUCAAAAAAUUGGUAGUGUUUUAGGAAUUGCUGAUUUCCAAUAUCCAAUGGAUGAAUAAAUAAAGAAAGUGAGAAGAAUCGACAUUCUCUUCUCAUGUGAAGCAUAGAGAUGGGCUUGGCCAAGGUCAAGAUUGCUGGUCAAAACCAUGCCCUCUCCAUUGUCGGCACCCUCUUCAAGG